UCACACAGACGACUUUUGGUUUUCGCGUUAUCGGCAAAUCACGUCGUCUGCCCGCUUGUCGCGUGAGGUCAAAGGCAAAGGUCGCGCCCGUCAGCAGCCCAGCGGAAAACGUCGACGGCCGGACCCCGACGUUUGCGGCUUUCGCGCGUGCGGAGCUGACGUAGACGCAGACGCGUGGGCGCCUCGAGCUCGGCGCGCGCUAAACGGCGCCCACGUUUUGUUUGCCUCGCCCACAAAGAUGAUCAAACUUUUUGUGUUCCAGCUUUGCCCAAGGACAUCAAAUGGCAGAUUAUUUUCAAUCAUCUUCCUGCGCUGAGGUUUUAAGAGUGAAUUUGGCCCGAAGUGACGCUCAAUAUUUACCACCCAGAAAUCUUUACGUGCGCGGAAAGCCGACGUGAACUGGAAUCCAAGCCACGUGGGAGCAGCUGUAAACCAAAAAAACUUGAAAGAUCCUCGCCAGUGUCGGCUUUGGGAUUAAAAGAUUUUUCCGUCUCGGAGGAUUGGAUUCUGGGUCGCCGGAAGAAAAGAAUCUUCGUGCGUGAUGGCUCCCCGGUGGCUUCCCUGCCUGCUGGUGGUGUGGACGCUUCUCCUGGCUCGGGCCAGGUGCCAGCACUACUUGCUGCUGCGACCGGUCCCGAGCGAGCACCUUCCGCUCGUGGAGCUCAAGGAGGACCCGGACCCUCUGCUGGACCCCCGCGAGAAGGACCUGAACGAGACGGAGCUGCGGGGCGCGCUGGGCGGACACUUUGACGCGCGCUUCAUGUCGGUGCUGCCGCCGUCGUCGCCCGAGCACGAGGACCCCCGGGACCGGGACCGGGAGGCCGCGGGGAGCCCGGAGUCGGACCCGCACGCGCUGGACUCUGGCGGCAAGAAGCAGAAGCCGAGCAGGAAUCUGCGCCGCCGGCUGCAGAUGUGGCUGCGGUCGUACGCGGCUUGCCCCGUGCUCCGCGCUUGGACCGACGUGGGGGUCCGCUUCUGGCCGCGCUACGUCAAAACGGGCCGCUGCCCCGACGAGCGCUCCUGCUCCGUGCCCGAGGGGAUGCGCUGCGCCCCCGCCAAGGCCGAGCACCUGACGCUGCUGCGCUGGCGCUGCGUGCGCAGGAAGGCGGCUCGCAAGUGCGCCUGGAUCCCCGUUCAAUACCCCGUGGUGUCCGAGUGCAGGUGCUCGUGCGCGACCUGA